AUGGCGAGCAUCAUGAAGGACGUGGAAGCUGUGGGCAACGAGCAGACCAGAGCCUUCAACGAGGCCGAACAGCAGAUCGGCCGACUCCGGGAAGCCUUGUUGUCUGUUCGUAACGGAGGGACAGCUGAGGAGCUUGCCUCCCUGGCUGCUAAAGCGAAGGAGUCGAGCUCCGCAUCAGUGCUUGCGAAGCGGCAUCAGAGUUAUCACGCCAGACUUUCACAGUUGUCUCGAUCCCUCUCGGAGUUCCAGAGCAUUGCUGAGGAAGAUGUCACUAAGGCGAUACGACAGCAUGUGAUGCCGAAGUCAGCGGAGACGGUGGAACAACAGGCUGAUUUCUCACGGUAUAUGCGGAAAAUUGUGGCUGUGCAUCUCUUGCAAACGGGAAAAUUCGAAGCCUUUGAAAGUUUCGUCAAGGAGGUUGAGCAUCUCGAUGGGAUCACGGACUUGGUUCCUGAACAGGAAGCUGAGCGCAUGAAGUCUAACGGGGAGCUGGAGGAGGCUAUAGAGUGGUUCAAAGGCGACAAGCAGGCAACUGGGAGAGCAACAGCUCUCAGGAAGGAGAUAGUUGAGAACACUCGGAGAGACCUCCUCCUGCAGAAGGUAUGCAACAUGAUAGGGAGCUGUCUAGACCCGGCUGCUAUACUGGAGUACAUCCGCGAUAAUUUCGGAGGUGGGGCCUCUACGGUUGGCGAUGAGGAACAGCAGAAAAGGCUUCAGAGUUGCCUUCUGGUUCUCGCCCUCCCGGCAACGAAACGAGAUGGUCACUUAGCUGAAGCUGAUGGACUUGACAGCGACGCUUUGGAUAGAUUCUGGACUCUAUACUAUCGUGGAACUUGGCCGGGCCAUGUGUACUCCCCGCCCAAGGAGGAGCCCGCCCCGACUGUAGAAGAUCCCGUCGAUGAACCAGCGCAACCUUCUGAAUGCCCUCCUCCAAAGCGGUAUCGAUUAUGGACCCCUGAACCACGCGAGGGGUAUGCUCGAACUGGCAACUACUCUGCAUGUAUUGCACCGAGUGUCAUCCCGCCUGGAGACGUCGAGGAGACUAUCACUACGACCAAGGCCAGCUCGUUCCUGCGGUCACCGCGGUCGACAGUCGUUUCCAACCAGGAGGGGAGUUCUUCUCAUUCCCAUCGCAACGGCAGAACUGAGGGAAUGGGCUGCAGCAGAAUCCGCCUCCAACGGAGAGAUCGUGACCGGGCACCUAUUCGUAUAAUACGGCGAAGUCCUGAAUCACCUAGGACAACUCGAGACUGGAGUCGCCAGCCUCGUUCUUCUGCCGAGUACAUCUCGCCAAGAGCUCCGAGACCUACGGCUAUUCAGCUGCAUGACGCGAACUUCGUCAUGCGCAUUCUCGCAGAAAAUGCUCGUCGCGUUGUUGGGACGCCUGACCCACCAUCAACACCACCGCUGGACGAGACACCAACUGAGCCUGAUGACAGGUUUAUACGUUCGAGUCGCGUUCUCUCGCAACCAUCUGAGGGUGACGUUCCGGGAGUACCGAAAGAAUCUCCGCUGUACUUGCUGUUGGCUAGCGGCAGAGUCGCCGUUCGCCAGCUCCUGGAGGUCCAGUCUGUUGUACAGCGUCAUGAAAUGCUUGGAGUGCCUUGUGAAUCGUUACCAGUCGAGUUCGACUUGCCAGAGCGGUUCACACCUCAUUCGGUGUUCACUUGCCCAGUGUCUCGUAAGAUGACAACCACAGCCGACGAUUGGGAUAGACCCGACUUCCCGAUAAUUCUCUUUGGAAUACUCAUCAACACAACACCGAAUGUUCUUCGUUCACUCUACACAAUCACUAAGCACAGAGAUUAA